GGAAGAGCUGAACAGAAAAGCUAGAUGUAAAAUAUUUUAAAAAUUGGCACAUAUCCGCGGCACUACCUCAAACUGGUCAGAAGGUGUCAGAGUUUGACAAGUUACCCUUUGUAUUUGUACAAUGUUGCCGCAUUUUGUGGUCGCUCAUCCAGCAUUUAGCUUAAUUUGAUGAAGAAUCAGUUGAGUUUGACUGUGAGAAUGUUUUGCAUUAAGUUCUUGACCCAGAACACAGGUGAUCGCAGGUUGUAGACUUACACAUCAAAUGAGCAUUAUAAAAGAAGUAAUGUGUAUGCGUCAUCUACACAAUAACUCAUACCGAGUGUCAUUGUGACAUUUUCUAUUUUUCAAUUGGUUUAGAUUGAUAGACCCGUAGUAUUACAUUUUUAUUACGCGCACUGACAGGGCUAUUACAUGACAUUUGAACGCACCAAUCAGUUGCUGAGGAGCUGAUUGAGUCUACUUCCCUACACUGGGAUAGUUGAAGGGAAGCGGACGGACGGCGGUCGCACACGGAUAUCUCUUCAUCAGGCGAGUCGGAUCUCCCCCGACAGAGACCUCCGAGACUCGCAGCGAGCUUUCCGUUCCUCCAUCGCGUCCUGCUGCAGGGAGAUGGCCGGGAUUCUGGCGUGGUUCUGGAACGAGCGCUUCUGGCUCCCCCAUAAUGUGACCUGGGCUGACUUAAAAAACACAGAUGAGGCGACGUUCCCGCAAGCCGAGGACCUCUAUCUGGCUUGUCCUCUGGCUUUCUGCAUCUUUAUGAUACGGCUGGUUUUUGAGAGGUUUAUUGCAAGGCCAUGUGCAAUGGGUCUGAAGAUCCAGGCCAACGGGCCACAAAAGGCACAGCCCAAUGCUAUCUUAGAGAAGGUUUUCACUGCUAUAACCAAGCAUCCCGAUGAGAAGAGGUUGGAGGGCCUGUCCAAGCAGCUCGACUGGGAUGUGCGCACCAUCCAGCGCUGGUUUCGGCAACGGCGCAACCAGGAGAAGCCGAGCACCCUCGCCAGAUUCUGUGAAAGCAUGUGGAGAUUUACAUUCUAUCUAUAUAUUUUCACCUAUGGAGUGCGUUUUCUUAAAAAGACUCCAUGGUUGUGGAACACUAAAGAGUGCUGGUACAACUACCCUUACCAGCCUCUGACUGUGGACGUCCAUUAUUACUACAUACUGGAGCUGUCCUUCUACCUGUCGUUACUCUUUUCCCGCUUCACAGACAUCAGGAGGAAGGUAAGGAUGACUACAGCAUCACUCAGACAACAUUCCUUCUAAAAUCACACCUAUAAUUCACUUUAGAAUGAAUCGCUAUAGAAAAUACCAUUGUCGUCAUGAAUUCCAACCUUUUCUGACUCACUGCUCUUGCAUAGAGACAGUUAUACAUAGCCUGUCUGGAAUGAAGUUGGUUUCCUGCCUUACUCAUGUGGGAAAUAGCAAAAUAUCAAAAAUCCAAAAAUCUUGUGACGCCCAAAAGGUUCUGCAAGUAUUUAAGUAGUACCCAACUGAUACCACUUACAGCUAUUUGCCUAAUUUUAGCAACCUU